GAAGAAGAUAAUUCAGGUUCCGUUUCCAAGUCGGUUCACUUGGCGGGUAAAAGGCCGCCAAAUCCAAUCUCAGAGAAAAACAAUCAAGCCUUGCUGACUCCGUGUGAUGGAGACCACCGCCUCCUUUUAGCUUGACCCGCCUGUCAUUAGUUGUCGGAUGUUAGCUGUAGUCGCCUGUCAUAGCUCUAGCUGCCUCGCUUCCUAAAUGUGUCUUUAAUGUUAGGCUGUUUGUUGAACCACCCCAGUGAAAGACUCGACUAAUAACACAGACAUGGAGGAACUCUUCAGCAAAGUGUUACAGGUGAACGUUAGGUGCAGGGACUGCGAGGAAAGGAAAGCAAAUAUUCGUGUAAUCAUCAAUCUUCAGUUGACAACAAGUCCAGUGCACAAACGGGAUCUUCUCGUAAGACUAACCGAUGAUCUGGAUCCAUAUUUUCUCUUCAACCUCUCUAUAUCAGAGGAAGAUUUUCAAAGUCUGAAAGUCCAGCAGGGGCUACUGAUCGACUUUGCAUCAUUUCCUCAGAAGUUUAUUGACCUGCUAAACCUGUGCUUCUCUGAGCAAGAGUCAGAGAAUCCAAGGUUUCUCCUGCACUUGUCAUGUCAGUCUUCAAUGCUUGAAGGCCCUGCUAACUUCAGUGUUGUUGAGACAAACGCAUUCAAACACCUGAAUCACUUGUCCUUACGCCUUGUUCAAGGUUCUGACAAGGAGAUUAAGGACUAUCUGGCAGUGCGUCUCUCAUCUCUGAAGGUAGAGAAGCAGGCCCUGGAGACACAUCUUAAGAAGACUGAAGACGAUCUGUCCAGACAACUGAGUUAUGCUCAACAGACUCUAUCUGAGAAGUCUAAAGAGUUGGACAAACUGCGUUCAGAGUGGACAUGUCAGAGCAGCUCUCUGUCCAGCCGUCAUUCUCAGGAGUUACAGUUGGAGAGAGAGAAGGCUGUGGAGUUGCAAAGCAGGCUUCAGCAGCAGAUUGAGCAGCUCCGUCAGGACUUGGAGAGCUCUCACAAAAAGAGUAGCCAGCAGCUUCAUAGCAGAGUGACAGAGCUAGAGGCCUCUUGCAGAGAACUGACAGAGAGGAAAUACAAGAACGAGUCUUCCAUCAGAGACCUGAAGAUUAAACUAGUCGGAGCAGAGGAGGAGUGCCAGCGCUCAAAGCAGCAAGUUCUGUCGCUGAGGAGAGAGAACAGCACUUUGGAUACAGAGGUCCAUGAGAAAGAGCGUUUAGUGAACCAGCUGCAGAUGAGAGUGGCUGUUCUAGACCAGGAAGUCAAAGAUAAGGAUCAGCUGAUGCGCCGCACAAAAGAGGUGCUGGAAGCCACUCAGCAACAGAAGGAAUCAGUAGAAGAAAAUGCUGAAAAUAAAGAACUUCAGAUGAAAAAGUUUGAAGCAACGGUGAAAACACUAUCUGAGGAGCUUUUAAAGGCGAAUGGUAUCAUUAAGAAGCUGCAGGGGGAAGUUCGAGGCCUAGUUGGAAAAAUAAAAGUCAAAAACACUGUGACCGUGUCACAGGAGAAGCUCCUGCAGGACACAUCUGAGAAACUUCAGAAUGUCGAGAAAGAUCUACAGAGCGCUCAGCAGCAGGUCAUCACCAAGGACGAGCAGGUGUCAAAACUGAAGGAGCAGUUGGAGCUGACAGUACAGAAGCUAAAUGAAAGCAGCGAAGUGUUGAAAACGAAUGAGAAUGUUAUAAAUUGGCUGAACAAGCAGCUGAAUGAAAAGCAUCUGUCCAGAAAUCCACAGCCUCCGCAAUGUGUGGGGAAUCCUUCAGUUUUAUCCACAACCCCUGGACUAAGGGCACAGUUUUAUCCUCAAACUGUCAAACCGGUUAUAUGUCCUGGGAUGAGGGUGGAUGUCACCCCUGCUGAACAGCGAGCAGCGCAGCCAGCCAGCAGACAGAUAGGUUGCAGGUCCUCUGAUUCUCUGACUGGCCGUGAUCUGCAUUUCCGCAACAUAAAUGGUGACUACCCAGGUCUGGAUUCAAAGUAUUUUGAGAGGAGAGAUGACAGCAUCCCAAUCUACGGUCUGUCAUCUAACCUGCUCCACAGAGAGUUCACUCAGCAAACAAAGCCUCCUGUAGCUUCUGCUUACUUCUCUGCCUGACUGAAAGACUCUCAAAUCAAGGUGGAAGCAAAACCAUAAUAAUUGUUUGUCUUCAGCUCAUUUACAGAACUUUAACUGACCUGCUGUGCUACAGAAACUUGUUUUUUGGUGGCUAUUGUUGACGUUUUAAUUUAUUUGCCAAUGAUCUACAUGUCUGUCUUCUCAUUUGUUGGUGAGAUAAAUGCUGUUAAGACUGGUCGAUUCCAAUGAUCAUGAAGAAUGUAUUUUUCUUCUUUCGCAUUCACAGCAUUAUUUGCAUUAAAAGUAUUUAUUUUAUGUGUCUAGUAUUUCUUUUAUAAAGUGUAAUAAACAGAUGUCCAUCCUCAUUGAUGCUUACAGUUAUUUCAUUGAUUGAUGUAAUCUCUCUUUAAGCCACAUCAAAUUAAAAAAAUGUGAGGUGGAAAUAUUGGUGGGUUUCAAAGUUUACCUUCUCAUUGCUCUGUCAUCUUACUCUUUAAUUUAAAGACGUGUUAGCAAAAGUGUUAGCAAUAAAAUAUAGCUCUACUGACAGCUCUAAAACAAUCAUGACAUGGAAAGUACUUAUUAACUCAGGAAACCCUGUUUGUGAAACACGUGGCAAAAUGGAAGUCAUUUACUUUUGAAGGGGGUCAAUGUGUAACAACUAGCCAAAUAUAAAAUUCAUAGUCCAAAAAAUAUAAUGCAACAUAUUACCAGAAAGUUGAGGUGGUCUGCCUUAUGAUAAAAAAAAAAAGCAAAUUCCCUCUGUGGUCCUUUGCCAGCCCUCCCCCUCCUCUGUGCCUUAGUGGGACUGUCCAUCGGGCCCACCAAUAUAAUUCCAGGUUGGAUGUAAAAUAAUUAACUUUGUUUUCUAUUUCUUAUUUGCUGAACCUUUUGCCUGCCAUUCAGGGUGCAUGUUAGCCAUGUGUGCCUGGUCAACGACUGGGCUACUCUUCAACCUUCAGCUCAAGUUUGAAGAAGAUCAUUGCAAAUGUUUGAUUGAAUUUUCACUCGGGGUUUUGCCUUCCUCAGUAAUUUUUUACCUUAAUUUGUGUGUUUGUAUCUAAAUAUAUUCUGGAAUUACAUCAUUUUCAAUAAAAUAGAAGAUGCCACAGAUAUAUGUAUGUCAUCUGAUUAUGUAGGCCUAUGUGGUGGCUAUUUUAUCCUGAUUCAUACCCCACACUUGGUAUAUAUCUGUUAAUAAUUGAGGCAUUUUGAGUAGUGUUCUACAAAACGAAGCAGGUCAUUGGAAGAAGUUUGAAUGACAGACCUUGUUACUUUAUUGAACAUGUUCUGUAAGAUAUUAGGACUCAAACCAUUAUUGUAUGCGUUAGAGACAAUUCAAGAAGUCUUCUGAACAGUCGUAAAUUGGUGUGCUUGUGUUUCAGGGCCUCUCGAGUUCUGGGAUAUUUCUGGGUUCAGGUAAAGGCUUGGGACAUA